UUUUCACAUAUACACUGUUUAGGUCGGCCCAAAUGACGUUUCGCUCAGAGUACGGUGCGUUUGGGUCAGUGUGAACACAACAGCCGCACUCGGGUGCGCACUAAACAGCCGCUCCGAGACCGCUCUAAACAGGUGGUCUCGGAGCGGCUGUUGCCGUACUCUGGGGCGACCCACCUGUGGUGUGAACACUGCCGGACCUUGGGCCGACCCAAAUACAGGAAGUUCUUCACAUGUCACUGGACUUCCGUCGUGACGUGAGCCGGAUGUUGUAUUGAGGGAAACAACAACAAACAUGGCAGGGAGUAGCAAUCGUGGGCAAUCUUGGUCCGCUGCUGAGAUUCGCUGUCUACUGGAUAUUUGGGCCGAUGAUUUUAUUAAUGCACAGCUGUCUUCCACCCACAAAAACAGUGAUGUUUACGGGGUGUUUAGCAAACGGCUCCGUGAGAAAGGGUUUAAUAGGACGGUUGCGCAAUGCCGCAUUAAAGCAAAAAAACUUCGCGCCGACUACAUCAAAAUACGCGAUGCACUCAAUAAAACUGGAAGUGAUGGGACAGAAAAAGAAAAAUUUCCCUGGUUUGACGAACUGCACCAAAUACUUGGUACGAAACCCAUCGUUGACCCAGUGGAUGUGGUGGAGUCCAUUGAUAGUCCUGCUUCCUCCACUGUUAGCACAACUGACCUCUCGCCCACUGACACGAGUUUUGAUGGGGGGAAUAGCUCAUCCAGUAACGUUACCACUGAUGCCCUAAACACUCCCUCUGAGGCAGAUGUGUCUGCUGCUCCAUGUGCAGAGAGCAGUGAUAAUUCAUCUGAGCGUGGAAAAGGAGAGAGACUGCCUAUACCCGGAGCUCGGGCCCGGAAAAGAAAAGUCAAAUCAUCCAGCACUGAUAGUGAAUAUAUGACAGAACUGAAAAGGGUGAUGGAGGACAUACAUUCUGCUGAACAGCGGCAGGAGAGUCAUUUUGAGAGGAUGCUUAAGGCACAACUAGAUGCUGAGGAGAAUCGGUUCCGGGAAAUGCAAGCACAGCAACAGGCCACAACCCAGAUGUUCUUCCAGUUAAUGGGCAAUAUUGCAAGUGCUUUGAAUCCAGCUCAGCCCCAAACCUCAUCAGUACCACCCUGGACCACCACACCUCUACCAACAGCACCACCCAGGGCCUGGUCCGUGCCUCAUCAGUAUCAGCAGCCACAACCUAGUGUCCAGCCACCUGCGAUUCCUUCAUAUCCACAUCACAGAGGGGAUGAACAUACCAGCACUGCCUCAUUCCUACAUGACCUAAAUUGUCAAGGGGACUAUAGCAGCCUCUAGGGUGUUUGGGCAAAAAGUCAUUAGCAUUGUUUAAAUUGCAUAAUAUUGCAAUUUACAUUUGUUCAGUAUUUUGUUAAGGCCCUGUUCUUGGCCUAUGUGUGAGCAGAAUAGCCUAUGCAGAUUUUGUGGAUGUUUACUUUUAUUUAUUUUACAUUUAUUUGUUACAUUUUUACAUUUACAGAGAUUUAUAAUAUUCAAGAAACUCUGUACAAAUGUUUAUUUUUGAUUAUACAGAUUUUUUCAGAAGAAAACAUUUACGAAAUCUA